UCACUCAUUCCAUCAUCAUUGCAAUAUUCAGCUUCAAAUUUCAAAUUCAAUACGACAAUACAAUAACAAUAAUCAUUUAUUAAAUAAAAUACAAAAUUUAUCAAACAUUUAACAUAAAAUCCACCCUCGCUUCGUCAAAAAUAAAAUACAAAAAAAAACAAACAAACAAAGAAAACACAACUUACUUAGCUAAAUAAACCACCCCAGGACGCACCCGACCCAAAAGUCCCCAUAACGCUAGCUGCGUUGCCGCGCUGCACGGCGAGGGAAAUCCUCUGUGCCAGGUACGCCCCAGAGCGGUAGUCAAAACCGCGGCUCCUCAAGCGUCGAAUACGAAUACGACAAUUGUGGAAAAGUUGAAGUUGAAGGCUAACUUAUCUAAGUAUAAUCCACCAAAAACGGCCACGGUCGUGUGAUAGCGUGUCCACGACAAACGGUUAGUGAGCCAUCUUGGGGGCAGGCAAGUACGAAGUCGACUGCUGCGCCAGAAGCGGUCGUGAGCCAAGGGUCUGUGGGUGCACGGUGCUCCCUCUUGCACCAUAUCAUUUGUGGAGCGCCACACAAACAACUCAUUUCAAAUUUUGAGCAUACGAGAUUCCCCUCUUGGCAAUAUGCACAAUGGUUCCACUCGAGAGAGCCAGGUGCAGUGUGAUGUGGAUCAGAGUAAAGUAAAAGUAUAUCUGAUAAACUAUAUUCAGGAAGGCAAUUGCUUCGCAGCACGCAUGAAGUUAAAACUGGAUUGCGAAGAGGACCAUCGGGAGGUAAUGGCAAUGAGCCCCGAGUAUAUAGUUUGUAACAUUGCCACCUUAAAGGUUAAAGUGGAGAUAACAUCUUAUUCAAAAUAUGGUACACGUGAAUCACGAAUCCACAUAAUAAAUGUAUCUUUUGAGUUCAGCAAACGUAUUAAAGACUGUUUAAACUGUAUGUUACAUUUACAAAUUAACAACAGCUCCCUUACAAUCAUAUCUACAGAGUGUUCUGGCGGAUUUAUACAGGCACCGGAGAGUUACAGCUUAUCCGACCUCAGGUCUGGGAAUGUGAAUGUUGCAGGUGUCAUAGACAUUUUCAUGGUACCCAACCCAUGCAGUGUUUUGUAUGACGACAAGGACCUGAUUGACUUCAGUCUGAAGGGAAUAGAUGGAUCAGUGGAUUUCCAUCGCCAUAUAAUGGCUAUUAGCAGUCCUGUAUUGAAGGCCAUGCUGGCGGGCCCGUGGCGGGAGGCUAAACAAGGAGUGCUAGAUCUCAAAGAUGUCAACAUGUCAACUAUUCAACAUCUGAAGGAUUAUAUUUACUUGAACAAAGUACCGGAGACGGAGAGAGGGCUAGGUGAAUUGAUCAAACUCGCCCAUUUCUUGUUGAUGACAACAUUGGUGAAAAUUUGUGUGUUCAAUAUACUGAUUAGAUGUUUCACAUUGGAGAAUGUGGUGCAUUGGAUCCAUUUUGCAGGAGCUAACAAUAUUUCAGAGAUGAUACCGUGGCUGCUAGACAUCGGAAGCAGGAGUGAGGCUACCCUAAGGAUAACUGAUAUCAUAACUAGCUAUGACUUGACCAAUAUCAGUGAAGGUGAUAAAUAUAAAGAAGAAAAUAUGCCAGAUGCCAGCUAAAUAAAAUAUGUUAUGCUUUGUAAAAUAUUGCAUGAGUCCUAUGAUGUUUGAUUGAUAGAUCCUUAUAUUAAAGUUGGGUUUCUCUUAAAACGAACAUGUGACAAAUAAAAUGUAUUUGACAGCUGUCAUAGGGCCGAAGAUGAAAUUUAUUGGUAUUCAGAAGUUCCCCAAUCCACAAUUUUAACACAGUCUACCUAUCGUUCGCUUUCGCCCGUUACUAGGCUUCCGCAACUCUCCAAUAAAUAGAGUGAACGAAAAACUAGCCAACUGUGAACACUCCGCUGCAACUCAGCGGCUGGGAACAGUUUGCCUACUGGGGAGGCACCCUAAAAAACUAAAACCGAAGGACAAGGAUAUGAGUGAAACACAAGGAUUAAUUUCAUUAUUCUACCUGUAAGAGGCGACUCUACCACGCCCUACUCUGCGCGCCCCGGCUCGUAUUUCAUAUGAGGAUACCACGCUAUUUAUUUAUUCAAUAUUUCACGAACGAUAAAAUUGUUGAGGAAUAUUAAAUAAGAUGAGGAAAUAAGUAAAGUUGUUCUCUUCAGGGAGUUCACAGUAAAUGAUUCAUCGGGAGAAGGCAUUCAUGUUUUAUACCUCCUUGGUGGGGGUUAAUAAAUUGAAAAUAAUGUAUCAAGCGAAUUAAAAAGUUUCGCGAGCUUAUUUUUUUUCAAGUUUUUCUUUGCUCGGGAUUUAUCACUUGCAGCUUCGGGAAAUUAUGUGUUUUCUUAUGUUGGUAUUGUUGUUUAAUCUCAUUUUGUGUUUUAUUGUGUAAAUUAUAUUACCUACAUAAUAGCAUAAUACGUACAUACAUUAA